AUGAGGACGAUAUUCAACUGGGUGGAUUUUCGCUUUCGCGACGUCCGGUUGAGUCUAGAGGUUUCGAAAACGAAGGCGUUAUUGAUGGGCGGGAUUGCCGGGGUGAAAAAAAUCCUGAGGGGCGUUAGCGGAGCGGUAGAACCAGGACAGAUUCUUGCGAUCAUCGGUACUAGCGGCUCGGGCAAGACCUCCUUGCUGGAUGUUUUGGUGGGAAGGGCACGUCGUGGGUAUCACACCCGUACAGUUUCAUUUGCUCGUGGUGCUGUUGAGCGGCGGCCGGGGCGGGAGACGAGAGCUUGGUGCUCGGUUCGCUUCCUAUCGUUUCUGAGCGAAUGGCUGCGGAAAGACAUGAGGCCGGUUCUCGUAGCGUCCGAUCACGUGUGCUGCGUGCACAGCGUACUGGGAACAAAUGAUUCGAAUUUGGGUGAGAUUCCAACACAGUUGUUGCUUGCUGGUCCAAGCUACACUUGGCGUGCUUCGGUGAUAAAUCACAACACGAAAGGGCUGCACAUCACGGGCAAUGUAACCGUCAACGGCAAGGCGAUGUCCAAGGCCUUCUUCUUGGAGAACGCCGCGAUGGGAAACAUCGUUUCCAACCAAAGCGUCCGUGAAAACCUGAUGUCUGCGUGCAAGAUGUACAUGCCUAGCAUGUCUCGCGCGGAAUGCGAUCACCGGGUUGACGAGGUGUUGACCAGCCUGGGCCUGGAAAGCUGCCAGCACACCAAGGUGGCGUAUCUUGUGCGGCAUGUCUCUCUCCUUUGCGUGUGUGAUCCCAACCUCCCGCCUGUUGAGAUAGAACCCGACAUUGAACAACAAGGAGAAGGAAGGGCAGAACUGGCAGCACACGAUGGGGAAUCUACUACGCCGAGGAAAGCCCAGCACAAACUGGGCAAGGCGGUUAACAAGAUACAACUUGAAAAGUUCAUGGAGUCUCUGGAGCACCUCCCCCAGGAGGCGGUACCACCCACGCGGGACAACCCCUACGGAGGUCAAGAGGCCAGGAACAUGGCAUACGCACGAACGAGAAGCUCGCAAGGGCAAGGGGGACACGCGUUCCUGAGAGCGGCUCCCUCCGACCGAGCUCGAGAGAUUCGAUCGAACGAAUUCGUCUACGCGACGAGACGCGCCUUGGGAGUUGAAGAAUUCUUGGCGGAAAGAUGUCCCAGGUGCCACAGAGGCAGGGAAGGCGAGAUCAUCACAACGGUGCACGCAAGGACCUGUCCAAGGGAUGGAGCACAGGUCAACAUGCACGAGCCGUUAAAAUACGCACUAUCGAGAGCACUCAACGGCCUUCGCGUCAAACACGACGUUGAAAGCGGGGCACCGUUCACGGGGGAAAGAAACCUGAGCAUGGACAUCGUCAUCAGGCCAGGAGCCCUCACGAACGCAUCUUCUCCGGGGUACCGCAACAAAGGAAUACUCCUCGAUGUCACACACGCAGACCCGCAAGCACAGGUAACCAUAUCUCGGCGAGUGCAGAGGUACAAGCUCGCAUUGCGCGGGCGUCAAGACGCCGAAAACAGGCGAACAAGAUCGACCUCGAACCAGUCAACGCCAAUGAUAUGGGGAUGGAGUGUAGACGCAUCGUAGAACGCGUUUUCGUUUGAAGUUGGCGUCUUGUUUGAGAGUAGAUGUGACAGAUUUGCGUAGAAUAGGGUAAGAUGUUAUCAUGAACGGAGAAGAAAGGGCUUUUCCAACACGGAGAUGUAGCAUGGAUCAAAGCAUUUGUUGGAUAUCAGCUUUUACAAGAGGACAUCAACGCAGUAGUAUUUUAGCAAGCUUACGAACGCAUGUAGGAUACCAUGAGGAUUAUGA